UGUUUGUGUCGAAUCUGUGGUUUAGGAGAUUAUAAUGCGUCUAUAGACGUCACUCGUUCGAAAGCUACCAUGGCAGCUACCAAAGCCUCCAAAGAACAGAAAUACGACAGACAACUCAGACUGUGGGGUGACCAUGGUCAAGAAACACUGGAGAAUGCACACGUUUGUCUCAUCAACGCCACAGCAACUGGAACAGAGAUACUGAAGAAUCUAGUACUUCCAGGUAUUGGAGCAUUCACCAUAGUUGAUGGACACACAGUUUCUGGGGAAGAUGUUGGAAACAAUUUUUUCCUUAGCAACAGCAGCAUUGGAAAGAACAGAGCACAGGCUGCCACUGAGCUGCUACAAGAACUUAACAGUGAUGUCUCUGGAAACUUUGUCGAGGAGAGUCCAGACAAGCUUCUGGACAAUGAUCCAGAGUUUUUCCACAGGUUUACCAUAGUCAUUGGUGUCCAGUUGUCAGAAAGCACAUGUUUGAGGCUAGGCUCAGUUCUGUGGAGUGCGUCUGUACCUUUCCUAGUCUGUAAAACCUACGGCCUUAUCGGCUACAUGAGACUAGCGGUGCAGGAGCAUACAGUGAUUGAAUCUCACCCAGACAAUGCCUUGGAGGACCUGAGGUUAGACCAGCCUUUUGCAGAAUUCAAAAACCACAUUCAGUCCUACGAUCUUGACAGCAUGGACAAGAAGGAUCACAGUCACACACCAUGGAUUAUUGUUGUUGCUAAAUACCUGGAGAAAUGGCUCAGAGAGCACAACUGUCAGCCACCGAAAAAUUACAAGGAGAAAGAGGCCUUCAGGCAGUAUAUUCGAGAAGGGAUCCUGAAGAAUGAGAACGGUGUCCCAGAGGAUGAAGAAAACUUUGAGGAAGCUAUUAAGAAUGUCAAUACUGCUUUAAAUCCAACCAAGGUUCCUAGUGCUGUUGAAGACCUCUUCAAUAGUGAGCAGUGUAACAACAUUACAUCACAGACCCUGUCCUUCUGGGUGAUGCUGCGAGCUGUCAAGGAGUUUGUUCUCAAUGAAGGCAAUGGAAGCCUACCUGUACGGGGAACCAUCCCAGAUAUGAUCGCAGACUCUCAGAAGUUCAUCAACCUUCAAAAUGUUUACAGAGAAAAGGCCAUGCAGGAUGCAGCAGCUGUUUCUAAGCAUGUAGAAGGUCUAUUGCAGUCUAUUGGAAAGCCACCAGAGACCAUCGCUGAAAAGGACAUCAAACUAUUCUGUAAGAAUUCAUCCUUUUUGAGGGUGGUGCGCUGCAGAUCUCUAGCUGAAGAAUAUAGUGUGGAUUCAGUAAAUAAAGAUGAAAUCACCUCAUGCAUGGACAAUCCAGAUAGUGAGAUGGUCUUCUACGUCAUGCUUCGUGCUGUUGAUCGCUUCUAUCAGCAGCACUCCCGCUACCCAGGAGUUUAUAACUACCAGGUGGAGGAGGACAUCAGCAAACUGAAGCUGUGUGUCAACAGCCUACUGCAGGAGUACAGCCUCAACGUCAACAUCAAAGACGAUUACAUCCAUGAGUUCUGUCGAUAUGGUGCAGCAGAGCCACACGCAGUUGCUGCAUUUUUGGGAGGAUGUGCUGCUCAAGAGGCCAUCAAGAUCAUCAGCCAUCAGUUUGUGCCCUUCAACAACACUUUCAUUUACAACGCAAUGUCACAGACCUCUGCUACCGUACAGUUGUGAAUUCAGUUGCUGAUCCUGAGUUUGCUUACAGAAAUAUCAGAUAAAAUAGAGCAAGAUCAAAAGAGCCAUUUACCAAUUUUCUUUAAUGACUCUAAACCAUAAACUGCACAUCAGUCUUUUGAAAGAAGGAAGAAAGAUUGCAUUUUUAUCACAUUGGAAUAGGAUAACUGCCCAGAUGUGUGCACCUAAACCUAAAAAUGCUUCUCAUGCAGAAGAUCAGAGGUCGGGACUCUUUAGACUAAAGGUUCUACCAAACAUAGAGCCUUGCCUUUUUCUGUAAAGUUUUUGAAGGGGAAGAAAUCAGGACAGCACCCGCAGAGGAUUUCUUCAAACUUUUUUUUUUUGUGGCUGACAUUAAACAAAGCAGGAAAUAAAACUAGCAAAUUCAAA